UCAACAAAACUAUAGUGAGUGUUUUUAUGCUAGGUAGUGUGGUAAGCAGUGGCCUCUCUCUUACACCUUAGUGGAGGAGACACAAUACCAAAAGUUAUGUGAGUUGGACCCACUGAGAGGAUUCCUGAUUCUGGGAAUAAACAAGGGAAGCAAACAGGUCUGGGGCAUCCCUGAGGAGGACCAGUGGAGGCUGGUGCUCACUCUCCUACUGGCCUCCCUCUUCCUGUCCUCGGGCCUUAUGUGUGUUAGGUAGGGCAAGCAUUCUACCACUGAACAAGAACACUCAGUCCUAUGUGAAAGCUUUAGGGGAAGAACGUGUGUGUUGGAGGAAAUAAGGACAGGGAGUCUAAGAUAAGAUUGAGGGGGCUGGUGAGGAGGCAACGGCAGUAGGGAGGACCAGAUUAUCUAGAUCUCUUUUGGAGACACUGGCAGAAGACGGAGGGAGCAGAGCCUAGGGAGCACGAGAGCCCCGGGAGACUACUGUAGAAGACACUCAGCCAUCCAGACAGGAGAGCGGCUGUCUUCUGAGUUCUUUUGCCAAGAAAAUGAUUUGCCCAGUCCUGAAUGCAUACUGUCCGUUCUGAUGGGACAAGAUCCAAUAUGAAUGUAAGUGAUGGAGGAAGACGACGCUUUGAGGAUAAUGAACAUACAUUACGGAUAUAUCCUGGGACAAUUUCAGAAGGGACAAUUUACUGUCCAAUUCCUGCCAGAAAAAACUCCACAGCUGCUGAGGUGAUUGACUCUCUUAUAAAUAGACUUCAUCUAGACAAAACAAAAUGUUACGUUUUAGCAGAGGUAAAGGAAUUUGGUGGGGAAGAAUGGAUACUCAAUCCAACGGACUGUCCAGUUCAACGAAUGAUGUUGUGGCCCCGAAUGGCUUUGGAAAAUCGCUUGAGUGGAGAGGACUACCGCUUUCUUCUGAGAGAAAAAAACCUUGAUGGAUCAAUUCAUUAUGGUAGCCUCCAAUCAUGGCUACGGGUAACCGAAGAACGCCGCAGGAUGAUGGAACGGGGUUUUCUUCCACAGCCUCAACAGAAAGACUUUGAUGAUUUAUGUAGCUUACCUGAUUUGAAUGAGAAAACUCUCUUAGAAAACCUACGGAAUCGCUUUAAGCAUGAAAAAAUUUAUACUUAUGUUGGCAGUAUUCUAAUAGCUAUUAACCCAUUCAAAUUUCUUCCUAUUUAUAACCCCAAAUAUGUCAAAAUGUAUGAUAACCACCAGUUGGGAAAACUUGAACCCCACAUAUAUGCUGUGGCAGAUGUAGCUUAUCAUGCUAUGCUUCAGCGCAAAAAGAAUCAGUGUAUUGUGAUUUCAGGAGAGAGUGGUUCUGGGAAGACACAAAGCACAAACUUUCUUAUUCAUCACCUUACUGCACUCAGUCAAAAAGGAUUUGCUAGCGGAGUAGAACAAAUUAUUCUUGGAGCUGGACCAGUACUUGAGGCCUUUGGAAAUGCAAAGACAGCUCAUAAUAACAAUUCAAGUCGUUUUGGCAAGUUUAUUCAAGUAAAUUACCAAGAAACAGGCACUGUACUUGGGGCCUAUGUUGAAAAAUAUCUACUGGAGAAAUCUAGACUUGUUUAUCAAGAGCAUAAUGAAAGGAACUAUCAUGUAUUCUAUUACCUCCUCGCAGGAGCAAGUGAAGAAGAGAGGUUAGCAUUUCACCUUAAACAGCCUGAGGAGUAUCAUUAUCUCAAUCAGAUAACAAAGAAACCCCUCAGACAGAGCUGGGAUGAUUAUUGCUAUGAUUCUGAGCCGGAUUGCUUCACAGUGGAGGGAGAAGAUUUGAGGCAUGAUUUUGAACGAUUACAAUUGGCCAUGGAGAUGGUAGGAUUUCUUCCCAAGACACGAAGACAGAUUUUCUCUCUGCUCUCAGCAAUACUACAUUUGGGUAAUAUCUCCUACAAAAAGAAGACCUAUCGGGAUGACUCUAUUGAUAUCUGUAAUCCUGAAGUACUGCCUAUUGUCUCAGAAUUAUUAGAAGUUAAAGAAGAGAUGCUCUUUGAAGCAUUAGUUACAAGGAAGACGGUGACGGUGGGAGAAAAACUUAUUUUGCCAUAUAAGCUGGCAGAGGCUGUGACAGUGAGAAACUCUAUGGCUAAGUCUUUAUAUAGUGCUCUGUUUGACUGGAUAGUUUUUCGUAUUAAUCACGCACUUCUGAAUAGUAAAGAUUUGGAACACAAUACCAAGACUUUGUCCAUUGGUGUUCUUGAUAUUUUUGGUUUUGAAGAUUAUGAAAAUAAUAGUUUUGAGCAGUUCUGUAUUAAUUUUGCUAAUGAACGUUUACAGCACUACUUUAACCAGCAUAUCUUCAAGUUGGAACAGGAGGAAUAUAGAACUGAAGGUAUCAGUUGGCACAACAUAGAUUAUAUUGAUAAUACUUGUUGCAUAAAUCUUAUUAGCAGAAAACCAACAGGACUGCUCCAUCUUUUGGAUGAAGAAAGCAACUUUCCACAGGCUACAAAUCAAACAUUACUAGACAAGUUUAAACAUCAACAUGAAGAGAAUUCUUAUAUUGAAUUUCCAGCUGUGAUGGAGCCUGCUUUUAUCAUAAAACAUUAUGCUGGAAAAGUAAAAUAUGGAGUAAAGGAUUUUCGGGAAAAAAAUACAGAUCAUAUGCGUCCAGACAUUGUGGCUCUUUUGAGAAGUAGCAGGAAUGCCUUUGUCUCUGGGAUGACUGGAAUUGAUCCUGUAGCUGUUUUCCGAUGGGCAGUUCUCCGAGCUUUUUUCAGAGCUGUGGUUGCCUUCAGGGAAGCUGGGAAAAGACACAUUCAUAGAAAAAGUGGACAUGAUGAUACAACGCCAUGUGCAAUUUUGAAAAGUAUGGAUAGUUUUAGCUUUCUCCAACACCCAGUCCACCAGAGGAGCUUAGAGAUUCUGCAGAGGUGCAAGGAAGAGAAGUACAGUAUAACCCGCAAAAACCCAAGAACACCUCUUUCUGAUCUUCAGGGCAUGAACACUCUAAAUGAAAAAAAUCAACAUGAUACAUAUGAUAUUGCCUGGAAUGUUAGAAGUGGCAUUCGCCAAAGCAGACUACCAACUAGCAACACUUCCUUGCUUGAUAAAGAUGGGAUAUUUGCUAAUUCAGCAAGCAGCAAACUCCUGGAAAGAGCUCAUGGAAUUCUCACAAGAAACAAAAACUUCAAAUCAAAACCUGUUCUUCCAAAGAACUUGCUGGAGGUAAAUUCUUUGAAGCAUCUAACAAGACUGACCCUACAGGAUCGAAUCACCAAAUCCCUUCUUCAUCUGCACAAGAAGAAGAAACCUCCCAGUAUCAGCGCCCAGUUUCAGGCCUCCUUAAGCAAGCUGAUGGAGACACUUGGUCAAGCAGAACCAUAUUUUGUCAAAUGUAUUCGCUCAAAUGCAGAAAAGCUGCCCUUAAGAUUCAAUGAUGCCUUGGUACUAAGACAGCUUCGGUACACUGGGAUGCUGGAAACAGUUCGAAUUCGCCAAUCAGGAUAUAGCUCCAAAUAUUCUUUCCAGGAUUUUGUGAGUCACUUUCAUGUACUUCUUCCCCGAAAUAUUAUCCCAUCUAAAUUUAACAUUCAGGAUUUCUUCAGGAAAGUAAAUAUUAAUCCUGAUAAUUAUCAAGUUGGAAAAACGAUGGUUUUCCUAAAGGAACAUGAACGACAGCACUUACAAGAUCUGCUUCAUCAGGAAGUGCUUCGCAGAAUCAUUGUGUUGCAGCAGUGGUUUAGGGUCUUGCUCUGUAGGCAGCAGUUCCUCCAUUUGAGACAGGCAUCUGUUAUUAUCCAGCGUUUCUGGAGGAAUUACCUAAAUCAGAAGCAAGUCAGAAAUGCGGCUGUGCAAAAAGAUGCUUUCAUUAUGGCUAGUGCAGCUUCCCUUCUCCAAGCUUCCUGGCGUGCUCACUUAGAGAGACAACGAUACUUGGAGUUACGAGCUGCAGCUAUCAUUAUCCAGCAGAGAUGGAGGGAACUGUGUAGGUGCAGGCACAGGGCUGCUACCUGUAUACAGGCAAGGUGGAGGAGCUACAGGCAAAGUAAGAAGUACAAAGAACAAAGGAACAAAAUUAUCCUUUUACAAUCAACAUACAGAGGAUUCAGAGCAAGACAAAGGUAUAAAGCUUUAAAAGAGCAAAGGCUGAAAGAAACAAAACUAGAGCAUGGAUUGGUGCAUAUCAAGGCAUGUGGAAAUCUAGAAAUUCAGGGCUCAGACCCUUCUGAGUGGGAGGAUCGUUCUUUUGACAACAGAGUGAAGGCCAUAGAGGAAUGUAAAUCUGUGAUAGAGAGUAAUCGAAUUAGCCGUGAGAGUUCAAUGGAUUUCUCAAAGGAGUCCCCAGACAAGCAACAGGAGAGAGGCAGAAGCCAAAGUGGUACAGACUUGCAGGGAGAAGUGAUUGUAAGACAGAGACCCAAGUCCUUGGAGGAUCUCCAUCAGAAAAAAGUAGGUCGGGCCAAAAGAGAAAGUCGGAGAAUGAGAGAAUUGGAACAAGCUAUAUUUAGCUUAGAAUUGCUGAAAGUCCGUUCUCUUGGUGGUGUGUCUCCUUCAGAGGAACGUAGAUGGUCUACAGAAUUGAUGCCUGAAGGCCUGCAGUCUCCACAGGGCACACCUGAUAGUGAGAGCUCACAAGGGAGCUUAGAACUUCUGACCUGUGAGGAGAGCCUAAAGGGCAAACCAGAGUCCCUUAUUUUAGAUGAGGGUAAUAAAUCGAAAAUUUCAUCACCCAGUAUAUCUACCAAUCCAAAAUUCGAUUCACAAGACAAUGCCCUCAGUGCCUCAAAUGAGACUAGCUCUGCAGUGACUGGCAAAGGUGCACCCUGUGACUCAGAGCAGUUGAAGAAUGGGACUGCAAAGGCAAAGCUGGUCUGCAGUUCUGAACCUGUCACCUGUAAACCCCAGCUGAGAGACUCCUUUGUUUCCAGUAGUCUGCCUACAUUUUUUUAUAUUCCCCAUCAAGAACCUCUGAAAACAAGUUCCCAACCAGACACAAGUAUCCAGAGAAACAAACUGCUGGAAAGGGAAGCCACUUUGAAUACAGCUUUUUCUCCAGAUACCAACAGGGAAACCAGGAAGUGUCAGUUCUCCAGAGAUGAAUUGAAUACAGAUGCUUCAUGUACUGUGCUUAAGAAGUUAGAAAAGCUGAAUACUGAAAAGGAGAAAAGGCAAAAGCAGUUACAGCAGCAGAAUGAAAAAGAAAUGAUGGAACAGAUUCGUCAGCAGACAGAUAUUUUAGAGAAGGAGCGUCAAGCCUUCAAGACAAUUGAGCAGGCACCAUCCUCUUAUCAGUCAAGACAAAGAGUAGAGAGGCCAUCUUCUCUGCAUAUCCAGAAUACCCCAAGUAAGGGAGAAGCUGCUGUACUAGGUUCCCCAUCAGCAGUCACUAAAAGAGAUGCUAGUCCCUCCAUUCAUUUGCCUCCAAAAGACCGACCUGUCACCCUGUUCUUUGAAAGAAAAGGAAGCCCAUGCCAAUCUAGGACUGUCAAGGAAUUAUCCAAGACAGAAAGAAUAGGCACCCAACAUAAUGCUGCCUGUAAACUCUCUAAUAACCGCAUUACAGAAAGAGAACACUUUAGGUCAGCUCACUCUUAUGGCCACAGAUCUGAUGACCCUUCCAGAGGGGGAAGUUCAAGAGCCAUUUUCUUCACACCAAAAGACAAUAUGAUUAUUCCACUUGUACAUAGUGAAAAUCCUCAAGUCCACAAACAAGAUGAACCAGCUUGGAAAUCUAAGUUAGCAGGGCCGGGCCAACGAGAGGUUGCCAGACCGGCCCAUAAAAAGAAAGCUCGAAUGGCGCGGACGCGCUCCGAUUUCUUGACUAGAGGUACUUUUGCCGAUGGGGAGGGGGAUACAGAGGAAGAUGAUUACGAUGACAUUAUUGAGCCCCUUCUCUCCCUUGACCAAGCUUCUCACUCUGAGCUAGGGCCUGUAUCCAGCCUGGGUCAGGCCUCUCACAGUGACUCCGAAAUGACAUCACAGCGAUUUUCUUCAGUUGAUGAGCAAACAAAGCUCCAUAAGGCUAUGUCUCAAGGAGAGAUUACAAAAUUGGCAGUAAGACAGAAGUCUUCCGAUUUGGACAUCAGACCCCAGAGAGCGAAGAUGAGAUUCUGGGCGAAAGGGAAACAAGGAGAGAAGAAGACUACUAGAGUAAAACCUGCUCCCCAGUCAGAGGUCUCAUCACUCUCUACUGGCUCAGAUGUGACAUCUGCUAAUCCAUUUUCAGAUGAAUUAACCCAGUAUCACCCAACACCUCCUUUGAGCCCAGAACUACCUGGGAGUUGCCGAAAAGAGUUCAAAGAGAAUAAGGAGCCUUCUCCAAAGGCAAAGCGCAAGAGAGGUGUGAAAAUCAGCAGUGUGGCUUUGGAUUCUAUGCAUUGGCAAAAUGACUCUGUCCAAAUCAUAGCAAGUGCCAGUGAUUUAAAAAGUAUGGAUGAAUUUCUUCUAAAAAAGAUGAACGACCUAGAUAAUGAAGACAGCAAGAAAGAUACAUUAGUGGAUGUUGUAUUUAAAAAAGCCCUGAAAGAAUUUCGGCAGAAUAUCUUCAGCUCUUACUCAUCUGCAUUGGCGAUGGAUGAUGGGAAAAGCAUACGAUAUAAAGACCUGUAUGCACUGUUUGAACAGAUUCUGGAAAAGACCAUGAGACUUGAGCAACGUGAUUGGAAUGAAUCUCCAGUGAGAGUUUGGGUUAACACGUUCAAGGUGUUUUUAGAUGAAUACAUGAAUGAAUUCAAGACUCUGGAUAGCACAGCCUCAAAGGUGCCUAAAACAGAAAGAAAGAAAAGGAGGAAAAAAGAAACUGAUUUGGUGGAAGAGCACAAUGGCCACAUCUUUAAGGCCACCCAGUAUAGCAUCCCUACAUACUGUGAAUACUGUUCUUCCUUGAUAUGGAUAAUGGACAGAGCCUCUGUUUGCAAAUUGUGUAAGUAUGCUUGCCAUAAGAAGUGCUGUCUGAAAACCACAGUCAAGUGCUCCAAGAAGUACGAUCCAGAGCUGUCAUCUCGGCAAUUUGGGGUUGAACUGUCCCGUUUGACUAGUGAAGACCGAGCUGUUCCUUUAGUGGUUGAAAAGCUCAUAAACUACAUUGAAAUGCAUGGGCUUUAUACUGAAGGUAUUUACCGGAAGUCUGGUUCAACUAAUAAAAUCAAGGAGCUUCGACAAGGUCUAGAUACAGAUGCUGAAAGUGUAAACCUAGAUGACUAUAACAUACAUGUUAUUGCAAGUGUAUUCAAACAAUGGCUUCGUGAUUUGCCCAAUCCACUCAUGACCUUUGAACUCUAUGAGGAAUUUCUUCGAGCUAUGGGCCUUCAGGAGAGAAAGGAGACAAUCCGUGGUGUGUACUCUGUAAUUGAUCAGCUCUCCCGAACUCAUCUCAAUACACUGGAACGCCUUAUCUUUCAUCUAGUAAGGAUUGCUCUACAGGAAGACACUAAUCGAAUGUCUGCUAAUGCUCUGGCCAUUGUGUUUGCACCUUGCAUUCUCCGUUGCCCUGACACUACUGACCCACUACAAAGUGUACAAGAUAUCAGUAAGACUACCACCUGUGUGGAGCUGAUUGUUGUAGAACAAAUGAAUAAAUAUAAGGCCCGUCUCAAAGAUAUAAGUAGCCUGGAAUUUGCUGAAAAUAAAGCAAAGACCAGACUAUCACUGAUUCGUAGAUCAAUGAAACCUGUACUAAUUGCAGUUAGAUUUAUGAGCAUUACCCGCAGUUCAGUCUCGGGAAAGGGGCGCAUGCAUCGUGGAAACUAUCCAAGUCCAUCCUCUCCUGUUAUAGUCCGAUUGCCUUCCAUGUCUGAUGUCCCUGAAGAGACCAUGACUAGUGAGACAGCCAUGGAGACUGACAUCACAGAACAGCAGCAAGCAGCAAUGCAGCAGGAGGAGAAAGUGCUGACUGAGCAGAUUGAGAACUUACAGAAGGAGAAGGAAGAACUAACAUUUGAGAUGCUUAUAUUGGAACCUCGUGCCUCUGAUGACGAAACCCUUGAGUCUGAGGCCUCCAUUGGGACUGCUGAUAGCUCAGAAAAUUUGAAUAUGGAUUCUGAAGAGAGAAGCUUAGCCCUUAGCUCCCUGAAAACAGCUGCCAAGUCUGAGCCUUCAAGCAAGUUUCGAAAGCCACUGAGAAAGCAGCCAGACUCUGUGGACUCCUCCGUCUCUUCAUGUUUAUCUAACACUACAUCAUCUCAUGGCACUAGAAAGCGAUUUCAGAUUUAUUCCAAGUCUCCAUUCUACCGAGCUGCCUCAGCUUGUGAGGCCCUGGGAACGGAAGGACCACUAGGCCAAGCCAAAUCCCUAGAAGACAGGCCUCAGUUCAUCAGCAGAGGAACUUUCAACCCUGAAAAGGGCAAACAAAAACUCAAGAAUGUGAAAAAUUCACCUCAGAAAACCAAAGAGACCCCAGAGGGGACAGUCCCAUCUGGCCGAAAGAAAACUGUGGACCCUGACUGUGGCUCUGCACAGCAGCUACCACUCUUUGGAAAUAAUGAGUUUAUGGUUUGAAUGACAGAUGCGUCCCUGUGUGGCUAGAGUGGUGAACACAUCUCAUCUUUGGAGCCUCUGCUGGUCACUUUGUCCGUAACAGUCAGUCCUAAUGGUUCUGCCUCUUGUUUCAGCAGUUUGUGUGCUGGAUCGCUGGGCUUCCUGCAGAAGUGGCCUCUUUGAAGCUUGCUAGGGAUGGGCCCACUGUGCCUUGGCUGCUGUAUUUGAGAUUCCACUAAACAAAGCCACCUAGGGGGAUUUUGGCCAACAGUAGUUGCCUCUCCCCCACCAACCCUUCCCUUCCCACAGAUAGUUGUUGAACUAGGAGGCUGUUGUGAUCCUGAGGAAUGCUCUCAUUUCUAGCAUUUGAAGAAAAUAUACAAACCUCUCUUAACCAUGGAAGCAAAAUUUUUGAGUUUGUAUUGGGAUAGUAGCUGUGGUAGAAUAUAUUUUCCACAAGGAUUUAUAAGCAAAAAGCCCAAGCCAUCUAUUUUAAAUUUAAUUUAAAAAUACUCCAUGUUAUAUUUUGGAAACAUAAACUAUGAUUUCCAUUAAGCCAUCACAGCAUGUCUCGGUUAUCUGGUCCUACAGUGAAGAGACCAUGCUUUAUCUUUUGUUGAUGUUGAUAUCAUAGUAAUCAGUACUGGUUAGUUCCUGCCAAAUAUAUUGCAUGGGAUAAAGUUCUGGUAGCCAUACUGUCCUGAUUAUCAGAUCAGAUUCCUCUAGUCUUUGUUUGUUUUCUAUGUCACAGACACAUUUAGGUAAUCCCUAAAUGUGAAGGCUUUGUCUUGAUCGGCCCAGGCUUUUGUUCUUGUAUAGACUAAACUGAAGACUGUAUGGGAGCCUGUUCAUCUGGUGGUGGAAUACCACCAUAGACUCAGACAGAUAAUGUGACCAUGUAGUUACUUCUCUACAAGUCCUCACAUACAACAUUGCAUGAGUGUUAUAGAAAGCUGCCAAAAGAAAUGUAGAAAGUUUUCAUAUGAUCUAUUUAACUUUUAUCUUCUUUUUUCUCAGACCAUCAGUAUUAGAUGAAAAAAAAUCAAGGACUACUUGAAGCUAUUUUUGUUAAUAUACUUGUUCCUGAAGUUUACUGUAAAUACACAUGUAUAGUAUGCCUAGUUCUUUUUAACUUUGUGCUUCCCCCUUCUUCCCAUGGAGUUUCUUCCUACAGAUGAGUGGUCAUUGGACAGGUGGUGAGAACCAUUCACCCCUGGGUUGAGGGAAAGUAAGGGCAUCUUUUUCAUUACUGGUGGUCUCCAUGUACCUAAGUUAUAAUGUCUGAAACAUCAUGUACUAGCAGUUGUGAGACUAGAAAUCUUUUUGCUAUUUAUAAUGUAUGUGAAAUGAAACAUGAUACCCUUUCUUAAGUAUGUGAAAAUGUUUAUUUUAAAGUCACUAAAUACAUUUUGUCUAACUACCACAUGCACUGUUACAAAAAGAGCCUUUACCACCUAUAACCUGAAUUUUGGUUUUCUUCAUUUUCUUUGGUUUGAAGUUAUGGGAAUCGUAAGUUUUUGUUAAGGCAGGGUCUCCUCUUACACAACACUGAACCUCAUGCCACUGCUUCAGUGGUCAUUGGCCGGCUCUAGAGAUGAGACUUGUAGCGUCAUUCUGCGCAGCGGCUCAUGGUAGCAGGAGUCUUCCCUCUCCCUGGUCUGAGUUCAACGUUGAGACACAUGAAGGAUGCUUUGAAAAUCUCCCCAAUGAUGAUGGUCAAUCAGUAAAUGCUAAGUUUUACGUCCCACAAGCAUUAACAAUAAGAAUGUUGGGCACUGUGUCCUAAAGGAACCCAGUAUGGCUGUGUCAAGGUGGGGUACUGCUUUGGGCCUUGAGGACUACACACAGUUUUAAUAAUGGGAAGAGCAGCUACAGCUAGGUGUUAACUGUUGCUCUCCACUUGGGUCAAAAACGUUACUAAAAUAUUUUCUUUUUUUAAGCUGUUGAACAAUUUCCUUUGUUUCAAAGGAAUGGCCUGGAGAACUCAACACAGGACACACAAUUCUCCCACCUAAAUUUUUCAGUUUGGUUUUUGUUUUGUUUUUCUAUAAGGUAAAUUUGGGGCCGAGAAAAGACUACCUUCAUAGGUCGCUUUGUAGGAACAAGGUAAUUGAUAUUAAAAGACUUUAUAAUUUUUCUCAGGGACCUAAAACCUGAAUUUGAAUAAAGUUAAAUAAAAACAUUUUUUUCAGUUGC